CGCCUGUAUUCUGUACACCUAGUGUUAUUUCUGUACGACUUGGAAGCUGAUAUUUGAGACAAUCUGCGCGUCGUUCAUUUUCAUUGACAGCUUCUGGCUAGAAAAGUUAGCUAACUACCACUGGAAAGGUGUGCUGCAGGCAGGUAGAUGACAUGCAGGGUGAGCCAUGGACCAGAUCACCUUCCAUUAUGACACGGUGCUGUCUGACGUUCACCUGUUGCUGCCCAACUCUCGCCACCUCAUGGCACGCCUUAACCGUGUAGGACAACCAGUUUUCAUCUCCCGGUUCAGAAUCCUGUGGGACGGAACGAAGCAGCGCACCUGUGACCUCGGUUCCCCCUGCGGAGGGGAAGAGUUAGACCGCGACACCCAGGAGGAGAGUGGAAGGGGAGAUGCUAGAGGGAGUGAGACUGGGGCUGACGGAGGAGUGGACAGGGAUGAGGACGGAGGGGCUGACGGAGGAGUGAUCAGGGAUGAGGACGGAGGAGUGGACAGGGAUGAGGACGGAGGAGUGGACAGGGAUGAGGACGGAGGGGUAGAACCACCCCUGGAUGAAGAUGGAGAUUUAGAGGUACCACGCAGGCCCAGACAACGACUCCCUGAGAGGGACAGAGACAUGGUCUACCCCAUCAUCCUCAGCCAGGCAAGAAGAGAUGAAGAGGAGGAGGAUGAGGAGGAGGAGUGUCCUAGAGACGUCAUCAGGAUAGAACACACUAUGGCCACGCCUUUAGAAGAUGUUGGCAAACAGGUCUGGCGUGGCGCCUUCCUAUUGGCUGAUUUAAUCCUGUCUCAGCCAACUACAUUCAGAGGAGCCACCGUCUUGGAGUUGGGGGCAGGGACUGGGCUGACCAGCGUAGUCAUGGCAACGGUGGCCAAAACAGUGUACUGCACAGACGUUGGGGAGGACCUACUGAGCAUGUGCCAGAAGAACGUGACGUUGAACAGACACCUGAUGGAACCUGCAGGUGGGAAGGUGCGAGUACGUCUACUGGACUGGCUCAGACACGAUCUCUGCACAGACGCUGAUGCAGAGUUUGGAUGGACAGAGGAUGAAGUGGCAGAUCUCCAUGACAACACAACAAUUAUCAUCGCGGCUGACGUGUGCUACGAUGACGACCUGACAGACGCGCUGUUCCGAACGCUGUACAGAAUCUGUAACAACCUCCGUCUCCCCUGUACUACAUACCUGUCUAUAGAGAAGAGGCUGAACUUCACUCUGAGACACAUGGACAUAUCCUGCGAGGCCUACGACCAUUUCCGCCACUGUCUGUGUGAGAUGCAGGAGCUGAGGGAGGGACGGACAUGCUUCACAGUGGAGCAGGUCACACCCUCUUUCCCACAGUGCCUGCUGUAUGAGCGCAUAGAGCAACUGGAGUUGUGGAAAGUGACAGCGGUGCCUGUCUAACCCUCUGAGGAGCUGACCUGCUCCUAGACCUGCUCCUAGACCUGCUCCUAGACCUGCUCCUAGACCUGCUCCUUGACCUGCUCCUUGACCUGAGACAUAGAGUUUUCUGAUCUUAGACCUGCUCCUAGACCUGCUCCUAAACCUGCUCCUAGACCUGAGACAUGGAGUUUUCUGAUCUUAGACCUGCUCCUAGACCUGAGACAUGGAGUUUAUUGAUCUUAGACCUGGUGUUUUCGGAGCCUCUUGUGGUCAGUGUUGAGAAGGUAUUGAUAAUACAUAUAGAUUAUUUAGUGAACUAAUAACAGUCAUUUCAAUCAGGGCAGCUGGACAGCAGUGAACAAAGACACUAGGAAUGAUCUCUGUAAAUAAACUCACUUGUUAAAUAAGAUGUUUUUAAGCUCAGACCAGGGGUUGUGAUAUAUAUAUUCACUAUAUUCUCAUUUACUUGCUGUUGGAUUGAAGUGAACCGGUGAAAUGGGACAGCCCCAUAGCCUCUGAAUGUUUUGUUCCGAUGUAAAUGAUGAGUGAUCAGGUAAACACUGACCUGGGAUGCAUCCCAAAUGGUAUCAUAUCCUCAAUAUAGUGCACUACUUUAGACCAGAGCACUAUGGACCCUGGUCUAGAGCCCUAUGGACCCUGGUCUAGA